UGUCGCAAUGCUUCCUUUCUGCUCCGUCCUCCCCCCGCCCACGGCCGCAUAUCACACCCGUCGGUCUUAAAGGAGACGCGUCACUCUUUGGACCGAGGAGGAAGAAUUGGAGGAGGUGCUGAGCGGCUUCGCUUUCGGCCCCCUCCCUUGCUCCCCAGGCGCGGAGCGUUCCGAGCGAACCCUCCGCGAGAAGUAUGCGCGUGAGAGGAGAGCGCGGAGGCUGUGGCGGCUGCGACUCCUCCGACCAUGCAAUGGCGGUCGUUGGUGUUGGCGCUGCUGGCCCUGAGGCUGGCUGGGCAGGCCCUCCUGUGGCUGGCGGGGCCCAGCUUAGGCUUCUACCAGCAGCGCCUCCGGGCUUUUUCCUGCGGCAGCCCGGCCAAGGAAGACGCCGCCCCCAGCUCCCGGUGCCUCAAAGCCCCCCACUGGGCCUCUUUCUUGGGCCGAGCCUGGGGAGGCGAUAGCGGCGGCGGAGACGGCCCCGGCCCCACCGCUGCUUCUUCCGGGAAGGCCGGCCGUGGCGGCGACGAAUAUGAGCAGCGCUACAGCCGGGCUUUCCCGCCUCAGCUCCGGGCCCAGUUGCGCGAUGCCGCCCGCACUAUGUUCUCUUUCGGCUACGACAACUACAUGGCGCACGCUUUUCCGCAGGACGAGCUGAACCCCAUCGACUGCCGCGGGCGCGGGCCCGACCGAGCUGACCCUUCAAAUCUGAAUAUCAAUGAUGUCCUGGGAAACUACUCGCUUACUCUGAUUGAUGCAUUGGAUACCCUAGCAGUAAUGGGAAAUUCCUCAGAAUUCCAGAAAGCAGUGAAACUUGUGAUAGACACAGUAUCAUUUGACACAGAUUCAACUGUUCAAGUCUUUGAGGCAACAAUUAGGGUUUUGGGAAGUCUGCUUUCAGCCCACAUAAUAAUUACAGAUACCAGACAGCCUUUUGGUGAUAUGACUAUUAAGGGAUAUGAUGAUGAACUCUUACAUAUGGCUCAUGACUUGGCAGUAAGGUUACUUCCUGCUUUUGAGAACACCAAAACUGGAAUUCCUUAUCCACGGGUGAACUUAAGAACAGGAGUUCCUUCUGGCAGCAAUAACGAGACUUGCACUGCAGGAGCUGGAUCAUUACUGGUGGAAUUCGGAAUUCUUAGCCGGCUUCUUGGGGAUUCAACUUUUGAGUGGGUUGCCCGUCGAGCUGUAAAAGCACUCUGGAGCUUAAGGAGCAAUGACACUGGGUUAUUAGGUAAUGUUGUAAAUAUUCAAACUGGCCAUUGGGUAGGAAAACAAAGUGGCUUAGGAGCAGGCUUAGAUUCCUUCUACGAGUAUCUUUUGAAAUCGUACAUCCUCUUUGGAGAAAAAGAAGAUUUAGAGAUGUUCAAUGAUGCUUAUCGGAGUAUUCAGAACUACUUAAGGCGAGGGAGGGAAGCCUGCAAUGAAGGUGAAGGAGACCCACCUCUCUACGUUAACGUUAAUAUGUUUAGUGGCCAGCUGAUGAAUACCUGGAUUGAUUCUCUUCAAGCAUUUUUUCCUGGACUCCAGGUUUUAAUAGGUGAUGUAGAAGAUGCCAUUUGCCUUCAUGCAUUUUAUUAUGCAAUAUGGAAACGAUAUGGUGCUCUUCCAGAGAGAUAUAAUUGGCAGUUACAAGCACCUGAUGUUCUCUUCUAUCCUCUAAGGCCUGAAUUAGUAGAAUCUACAUAUCUCCUGUAUCAGGCCACAAAGAACCCUUUUUAUCUUCAUGUAGGAAUGGAUAUUCUUCAGAGUCUGGAGAAGUACACUAAAGCAAAAUGUGGUUAUGCUACUCUUCACCAUGUUAUAGAGAAAUCCAAAGAAGAUCGAAUGGAAAGCUUUUUUCUUAGUGAAACGUGUAAAUAUUUGUUUUUGCUGUUUGAUGAAGAGAACCCUGUGCACAAAUCAGGCAAUAAGUACAUGUUUACUACAGAAGGACACAUAGUAUCACUGGAUAAGCGCCUUCGUGUUUCAGUGUGGCAAAAUACUUUCCCUGAGGAGCAGAAGAAACCUGGAAAGAUAAAGCCAAAUGAACUAAAAGCAAACAAUUCCACUUCUAAUUGUAACAGAGUACCAGAUGAGAGAAGAUACCUGCUGCCUUUGAAGAGCAUUUAUAUGAGACAGAUAGAUCAGAUGGUGGGCUUGAUCUGAAUAGCUGUUCAAUAGCUGUGAAGUCAUCCUAAGAAGAUGCUUAUUCUGAAGAUUAUGAUCCUCUUGAACCUCAAAGCUAACAGCAAAUGCAGGUGCUUAAGCAGUCACUCGCUGUAAUGAAAGUCUGAUCUCAUGCCGAAAAGAGCAUUCCACGUUAGACUGCAGUUAUUGUAGCUGAAAUGGAGUAAAACAUGGCACCCUCAGCAUAAUACAGCUAAACUCUCAUGUAUCAAAACUUCAGAGCUCAUAAUGCUGGCAGGUAAAGCUGAGGUUGCUUAGUGAGUGCGCCUGAAAUGCUGCCUUGCUAUCGCCUACUUGCAUUCUGAAAAAGAACAUUUGGAAGGAACUUGCAAUUUGAAAUACAUUUCUAAAAAACUGGGGUCGGAGAAAAAAAAGGGAAUGUGCAAUUACUCCCACCAAGUUGAAAGGUUUCACAAGCAAUAAGCAGUACUAAUUAUUGCUCAGGUAGGAAAAUGGCUAUAAGUUCUGGUUUACGUAAAAUAUCUUGCUGAAUAUAUCAUAAUUGAAAUGCAGCUUGCAGUACCAGCCAAGCUAUUGUGGGACCAUGUUCAGGACUAACAUCAUAUUGGUUGAUGUUGCAAACAGUGUUCUUAAUUUGAAUUGCACAUCUAAGGGUGUAUGGAGUUUACUAGUUUCUGAAACUGAUAUUUUUCUUUUCUUUUCAAUGUGCCUUCUGGUAGAUAAAAAUGCAAAAGAGCCACUGAGUUUCACUCACUGAAUGGCCUUGCAUUGCUGAUUUGAAGAAUCUUGCUACAUU